CGUGCCCCCGCCGCGGGCCGGCGGCGCGGGGAUGGGCGCGGGGCUGUGAGCGGGGCGUGAGCCGUGGCCAUGGGGAACAUCUCGUCCAACAUCUCCGCCUUCCAGUCCCUGCACAUCGUCAUGCUGGGCCUGGACUCGGCGGGGAAGACCACGGUGCUCUACCGGCUGAAGUUCAACGAGUUCGUCAACACCGUGCCCACCAUCGGCUUCAACACCGAGAAGAUCCGGCUGAGCAACGGGACGGCCAAGGGCAUCAGCUGCCACUUCUGGGACGUGGGCGGGCAGGAGAAGCUGCGCCCGCUCUGGAAGUCCUACAGCCGCUGCACCGAUGGCAUCAUCUACGUGGUGGACUCGGUGGACGUGGACCGGUUGGAGGAAGCCAAAACGGAGCUGCACAAGGUGACCAAGUUCGCGGAGAACCAGGGCACCCCGCUGCUCGUCAUCGCCAACAAGCAGGACCUGCCCAAGUCGCUGCCGGUGGCCGAGAUCGAGAAGCAGCUCGCCCUCCACGAGCUGACCCCUUCCACCACGUACCACAUCCAGCCCGCCUGCGCCAUCAUCGGCGAGGGGCUCACGGAGGGCAUGGACAAGCUCUACGAGAUGAUCCUCAAGCGCAGGAAGUCCCUCAAGCAGAAGAAGAAACGAACAGACAAUAGUGGUGGUAACAAAGCGGCUCCCGCCAGCCGAGCCCAGAUCCCGGAGCUCCGCUCUCCCACCCGCUCCUGAGGGUCUGAUCCGGACUCCUUCGGGCUGGAAACAUGCAAAACCGGGGUGAUUCCCCCCGCUCCACCCUCCAGGACCACCGAGCCUUUGUGUGCCGGGGGGGCCAACAGGGCAGGACCCUGUUGAAGCGCGUUCGAGAGGAGCCCAGUGCGCUUUUGGUCUCCAAUGUGUGCAUUUUGGGGCGGGGGGUGUCGAUGCCAGCCCCCCACAUGCAUUUCGGGGACAGGGGAUGCUUUGGGGGGGGGUAUGGGUGCACUCUGGCUCGGCAAGGUCAGCGGGGAGGGGUCUCGCAGCUGCACCCCGAUACCCACCCGUAUCCCUGCAUCCUCGUAUCCCUGCAUCCCCGCAUCCCUCCCCCGCGGUCGGCGGUGGGAAGGGGUGUUGGAAACUUGAGGGGGGGUUGGACCAGCAGAAAAUGUCGGGGGGGGAGGGGGUGACGGGUAAGAGGACACCCUCCCCCCCCUGGCUGGUGUUCUAGGGUGCAGAGCAAGGACAGGCAGCCUUUGGGGUGGGGGGGGAAGGAUGCGGCGCGGGGGGGGCUGAGCAGCUGCUGAGUGGUGCUGAGCUUUAAGCUCUUCGUUUAUAAAAAGGGGGGGGGAAAGCCAAAAAAAAAAAAAAAAAAAAAAAAAAGAAAAAAGCUGAGUUUGUGGUUCUGGUCACUGUGCUGCUCUGCAGUGGGGGCAGGAGGCCAAGUCAGGUUUUAAGGAGGGGGUCACGGCAGGGCAGAAUGGACGGACAGAGGUGGCCAGAGCUUGUAAAAGUCUCUGCUGGAAAGGGAAAAUGACAGGGCGUGAGGAGACA